AUGGAUACCGAGACAUUCUCAAAGCCCAAGCAGUCGUCCUUGAACCUGCGUGCACUAGUCAUUCGCCACUAUCUACCGUCAGCAGGUACCCACGCGCAGCUCAAGAUGCAUCUCCCGACCAUCCUCCUCCCAACCGUCCUUCUCAUCACGCCUGUCAUCUCCCACCCAGCCCCCUCAGCUCAACUCCAUGGAGCACUCCAAUGUUCACAGGCCCCCAUGUCGCCUGAGCCCCUCCAAUGCGCAAACGGCCUCAAGUGUUCCAGGGACCUGCCAAUGACUUGCCAAAACGGCCAAUUGAUUUGCACGUUGGCCCCUGUGUUUACGUUUCCCAUCGGCAAGUGCUCCGAAUACACGGGAUCGAUGUGUGCGGGACCUUCGGACACAUACCCAGGGGACACGACUCUGGGGAGGGAGAACACGACAGAGCGGGAAUGUGCGUGCGUGUCGUGGGACGGGAAGGGAUAUUAUACGAGGGGUGAGGGGAAACAGUGUCCCGUUGCCGAUGCCUCCGAGUGGAUGUUGGAUAUGUGCAACCCUCAAGAUGGGUUCUUGUGCUCCUUUGUGUGCAACAGUAAGCUUCGGGACGGCUUUACGAACGAAAAGUGUGAUACGCUAUUCCCGGGGACAAGGGCCCAUUUGUGUUACGACCGCAGUCACAGGCAAAGACCUAGAAGGCGGGGACCACCAGGAACCGUAACAUUCGGGUCGCGCGCCCCGCACAAGGGCACGUGCUUUACCUUAGGGGCAAAGGCUUAA